ACUGAGACUUGUGCUUUUUCUCCCUCAGCGUUGGGAAGACGUCACUCAUGAACCAGUAUGUGAACAAGAAAUUCAGUAACCAGUACAAAGCCACGAUAGGAGCCGACUUCCUGACCAAGGAGGUGAUGGUGGACGACAGACUAGUCACCAUGCAGAUCUGGGACACGGCCGGGCAGGAGCGGUUCCAGUCCCUCGGCGUGGCCUUCUACAGGGGCGCCGACUGCUGCGUCCUGGUCUUUGACGUGACCGCCCCCAACACCUUCAAAACCCUCGAUAGCUGGAGAGACGAGUUCCUCAUCCAGGCCAGCCCCCGGGACCCCGAAAACUUCCCCUUCGUCGUGCUGGGGAACAAGAUCGACCUCGAAAACAGACAAGUGGCCACGAAGCGCGCCCAGGCCUGGUGCUACAGCAAGAACAACAUCCCCUACUUCGAGACCAGUGCCAAGGAGGCCAUCAACGUGGAGCAGGCCUUCCAGACGAUCGCAAGGAACGCGCUGAAGCAGGAGACGGAGGUGGAGCUGUACAACGAAUUCCCCGAGCCCAUCAAGCUGGACAAGAACGACCGGGCCAAGCCCUCGGCCGAGACCUGCAGCUGCUGAGGGGGCGGUGGGCGCCAGCACAGAGCCCUCACCCCAGGACACACAGGCCUUCACCCCUGAACAGCAGGGCCCUCUCCCCCCGCUGCCACCAGAGCCCACCCCGUCACCCCAACACACACACACACACACACACACACACACACACACACCAGCCCACCUCUGUGCGGCUCCUGGGGGGGCCAGCGGCCUCCCGUGAGCCCUUGCGGCAGCAGGACAGGCCAGCUCCCACUCCGCCCUGGCCAGAGCCGCCUGGGAAGCUCCUCCGAUUUCGUCCACUGGAGAGAGGACUGUUUACAGUUGAUCUGUGUCUCAUGAGUCACCUGAUUUUUUUAAAGGUCGUGUGGUCCCCCCACCCCCACCCCCACAGGCUCCCCGGGUAGGCUGGUGCCACCGCGUCCCCUGGCCCCCCUCCCCCCGGCCAGGCCACCUUUUAUACGCCCCAUUGGCCUCUGUUCCUUGAACUAAUCAGCUCUUUCUACAGUCUCCACUUAUUAUGUAAGGCUUCCUAGGAGAGGACCCAGAGUGACAUUAAUAUAUGCGACCGGUUAGACACAAGCGCGCGCAAAAUCAGUGGAACCCGAGCUCGGAUGACGUGUCCAGGUCCCCGAAGGCCGAGGGUCGGACCCCCCCCUUCUCCCAUCUGGAUGGCAGAGCGCUAGAGGCUCAGAAUCCGGGAACCCCCCGCUUAGCGACAGUGUUGUGUACAGUGACCACGACAAGGAUGAUGGACGCCUUUUCUUCUCAAAGACUCGAGCCAAAAACAGAUAAGCUUUUCAUCUCUCCAGAGGGAAAACUGGUCUAGAUCCUUCUGUGUCGAAAUUUCCCCCCUCCCCACCCCGAAAGGUUGACUCGCCCCCCGCAGUGUGCAAUGGAUAAACGGCUGUUAUUGCAAAUGACAAGUGUCGCCUUCCUUCUCUUUUUUAUUAUUAUUGUUUUUCUUUUGCUCUUCCGCUCCUCACUUGAGACCCCCGCUCUGUCUCCCCCCCGUAGAUCAGCAUCUGGCUCGUAAGAGGGAAGCAGAACCCCCCAGAUCUGCCCUCCUAGCGAUUCUACCUUUGUUCUAGAAGGCACUCCUUUCAGGGUUGUGGUCUCCUCAGACUGGCAGAUCUUCUUCUCCUCUUUCUUUUCCCCUCCGUCUCCCUUCACGGGCGCCCUCUAUGAGCCCACCCAGCCCCUUGGUCCCUUGGUUGGAACCCGGCAGUUCUGCCCCUUCCCAGGACCCGCCCCGCGUUGUCGUAGCCUGCUUUACCAGAGAGCCUCUCCCCUCCAGAGGUCGACAUCCUAGGUGUGGGCCGAGUUCUUCUGUAAAGAGAUGAACGUGAUGCCAAUAAACUUACCAAGAACAAAC